AUGAAAAAGAAGGAGGGAUUCGCUUGGACGGCCGAAUGCCAGCAAUCGUUCGAAGAGUUGAAACAGUACCUCUCAACGCCCCCAGUGCUGUCUACCCCCCAGGUGGGCGAGCCUUUAUUCUUGUACCUCGCGGCCUCAGCCAAAGCAGUGAGUUCGGUAUUGGUCCGAGAGGAUGACCGAGUCCAGCACCCGGUUUAUUACGUAAGUCGCUCGCUGAAGGCCGCCAAGACGCGGUACACCAUUGUGGAAAAGAUUGUGUAUGCGUUGGUGGUUACCGUGCGCAAGCUGGCACCCUAUUUCCAAGCCCAUACCGUUCGAGUUUUGACAGAUCAGCCGCUCGGAAGCGUGCUAAGAAACCCCUUGUCCUCCGGCCGACUUGUAAAGUGGGCCGUAGAGUUGACUCAGUAUGGGAUUGAGUACCAACCUCGGCCUUCCAUUAAGGGUCAGGCCCUAGCCGACUUCCUGGUCGAAUGCACUGCAAGUGAGGAGGAAAAAGAACACGCCUCGGAGGGCUGCCCAGGCGAGUGGUGGGAAAUGCACGCGGACGGAGCGUCGAGCCGACAACACUGUGGAGGCGGUGUCAUGCUCAUCACUCCGGAAGGAUUCCGGUUAUAUUACGCUCUGAGAUAUCGGUUCUCGACAUCAAAUAAUGAGGCCGAGUACGAAGCGGUAUUAAACGGCCUCCGACUCGCCAAGGCCCUGGGAGUCGAGCGGCUGCGAAUCAAGACUGACUCCAGACUGGUAGUUGGACAGAUCUCGGGCACAUGUGAAACUAAGAAUGCAAAGAUGGCGCUAUACAAAGAGCGCGCGGUCGAGAUGUUAAAAGGGUUCGUGGCUUAUGCGAUAGAGUACAUACCCCGAACGGACAACACGGAAGCCGACUUAUUGUCCAAAAUUGCCUUGGAAGGGGUACCGGACCAUCUGAUAAAAACUUGUCAGAAGGAGGAGCUACAUCAGCCGAGUGUUGGAGAGACACCACCGGAAGUCCAGCAAAUAGAUCUCGGGGAAUGGGAUCGAGGGAAAAAUCCCGAAAUGUUCUGGAUAGAGGACAUCCGGCGAUUCAUAGAAAAAGGCGAGCUACCGGAAUACCCGAGAGUCGCCGCGAAAGUUCGGCGGAAAGCCCCCUCCUUCCGGAUCAUCGACGGGAAGCUAUACAAACAGUCGUUCGGUGGACCCUUGCUAAAGUGCGGUGUUUGUCAAGCAUUCGCCAGGAAGGACACCCGGCCGGCCACCUUUUACACACCGGUCACCACUGCCAUCCCCUUCGCCAAGUGGGGAAUAGACUUGUUGGGACCAUUGCCCGUCGCUCCGGGAGGCCUGAAGUUUUGCGUUGUGGCUAUCGACUAUUUCACCAAAUGGGUCGAGGCAGAACCAUUGGCUACCAUCACUGAGUACCAAUGUCGACGUUUUCUAUGGAAAAGGGUGAUAUGUCGCUUCGGCCUGCCUGAGCACAUCGUCAGCGAUAACGGGUGA